UUGCCGUCGAACACUGCCAUAGCUUCAAAUGCUUCAAAUAAAACAGCUGAUUGUCUAUGUUGCGGGGCGGCACAUGCGCUUUUCAAAUGUCCGAAGUUUCAAGAACUUGAUAUUUCUGAAAGAUACGGCUUAGUGUCUAAUAAAAAUGUUUGCAUGAAUUGCUUACGUUUAAAUCAUAAUACAAAAAAAUGUUUUUCAAAAAUUACAUGCUCAACUUGUGGUGAGCGUCAUCAUUCGUUGCUCCACGAUAACACUACCAUUGCUGCUGUUCCGUGUUGCUCCACUGACAAGACUAGCGACAAAACAGUAGUUACGGUUGACGACUUGACCUCGACUGCGAGCUCCGUGACUACCAGCGCUCACGUUGGUCAUAGUCGUGCUCUCGUUUUGCUCGGCACAUGUGUAGUGCGCGUGCGUGGUUGCGGUGCUGCCGCUCAGUAUACUACCGCCCGCGCACUUAUUGACAGUGGAGCUCAGGAUAGUUUUAUGACGUUAUCACUCGCUCAACGUUUAGGGUUGCCCAUUCGCCGCUGCAAUUUAGCUGUGGCAGGUUUAGGACAAAAUGUAGUGCAUCAAAUAAAGGGUGAAACUUCAUGCGUGGUAAUGCCAACGGAUUCUGAUAGUCCAAACUUCACUAUUAAUGCCAUAAUAAUGAAUACAAUAACAAGUAAAAUGCCUGUUGUAGAAGUACCUUCCGAGGUUCGUGAAAAUUUUAAACAUCUAGUUUUAGCAGACAAACAGUUCGACAAACCCACUAAUAUAGACAUGCUGCUGGGCGCAGAGCUAUUCCAUAAAAUUUAUGAUGGCCAACGCCUAGAGAUAGGUCCUGGUUUACCAGUCGCUCUACAUAGUGUCUUUGGGUGGGUGCUCACUGGCAAAAUUGAUCACAGCUGUCACCCUCCACCUAUGGUUUCUUCCCUCGUUACUUCCACCCGGCUUUUGAAUGACGUGGUCAAGCGUUUUUGGGAGGUCGAAGAACCACCGAAAACAUUUAUAUCGAACCCCGAAGAUGUUAAAUGCGAAGAACUCUACUCUACUCUUGUGUCACGUAAACCUGACGGUCGUUACGUCGUUCCUUUGUUACUGAAGAAGCCUUGUGAUGAUCUGGGUAAAUCUUUCGAGAUGGCAAAAUCACGCUUAUUCAAACUCGAAAAGCGACUUGAGCGCAAUGUAGAGUUAAAAAAGGACUAUUCUGAUUUUAUGACUGAAUAUUCAGAUCUGGGCCAUAUGCAACCCGCAGACGUUGGAUCAGGCAAAUUUGUAAUACCGCAUCAUUGUGUACUCCGCCCUGAGAGUACUACGACAAAACUACGUGUCGUUUUUGAUGCAAGUGCCAGAACGACGAACGGAAAAUCUUUAAAUGAUAUCGUGUACACUGGGCCUAAGCUUCAAAAUGACAUUGUUGAUGUGCUGACAAAAUUUCGUCUUCACGCAAUAGUGUUCACAUCCGAUAUUUCGAAAAUGUAUCGCAAUAUAGAUUUACGUCAGGAAGAUCGAGGGUGGCAACACGUGUUGUGGAGAAACUCUCCAGCUGAUCCCGUGCGUGAGUUCGAAUUAAAUACCGUGACAUACGGUGUGACUAGUUCACCAUACUUAGCCAUUCGUACUCUGCAUCAAUUAGCGGUCGAUCAUGCUUCUGAGUAUCCUCAAGCGGCUCACGUUAUACGUCAUGAUACUUUUAUGGACGACAUAACAACCGGAGCGCCAUCUCUUAAACAGGCACUUGAGCUCAAAGAUGAACUUAUUAAACUACUGGGCUGUGCGCAAUUUGAGCUGCGUAAAUGGUGUAGUAAUUCAGCCGAGUUUAUUGCAGCUCUACCGUCUGAACAUUGUCAAGUACCUAGGGCCUUUUGUGACGAAAAUCACAACCAUAUCCUUAAAAUUCUUGGUAUACAGUGGGACCCUGUAGAAGACUUCUUUAAAUAUUCAGUGUCCGGGUUCAAUUACAAUUUAACAAAGCGUGCAAUAUUAUCAAAUAUCGCUCGCAUCUAUGACCCAAUUGGUUGGCUCACUCCUGUUGUUCUAAUAGCUAAACUAUUGCUUCAAGACAUGUGGCGCCUUCAGCUAAGUUGGGACAAACCCGUUCCACCUGAGGUCGUUCACCAAUGGCACAACUUUAUCUCUGAAAUGCAACAUGUUAAACAGAUUAAACUGACUCGUAGAGUUACACAUGAUGACGCCAAGAGUUACCAAUUGAUUGGGUUUUGUGAUGGCUCUUCAAAGGCAUAUGGAUGUUGUGUAUACUUGAGGGCAGUUCGUGCCAACCAUUUUAACACGCAUCUGUUGAUUGCAAAAUCAAAAGUUGCACCCCUAAAACCACUAACGGUUAACCGUCUAGAGCUUUGCGGUGCUGUCCUUCUAGGGCGAGUUCUUAAACACAUGCAAAAUUUGCUGCGAGAUAAAGUCCCUCUCAGUAAAGUGAUUGCCUUUACUGAUAGUAACACGGUUCUAGCAUGGUUGCACACGGAACCUCAUAAACUGAAGACUUUUGUUUCCCAUCGCGUUGCGAAAAUCAUCGACGAUGUAUCAGUUGAUAGCUGGCAACACGUAUCAACAUAUGAUAAUCCUGCCGAUCAUUGCAGUCGAGGUCUUAGCGGUUCACAGCUAGCGACAUGUUGUACGUGGUGGUCAGGUCCAAAUUGGCUCGCUAACGAUUCCUCCACUUGGCCAGUAAAGUGCAAGUGGGAAUCACAAGAUUCCGUACCCGAGUUUCGCUCUACUGCUCAUGUAUCUCAAACGGAUACUAGCUCUGCUGAGUUGGACUUUAUUAGUGGACUGUUAGACCGUUACUCCACGCUAUCUCGCGUCCAGCGUGUGCUAGCUUGGUGUCUGCGUGCUGUAGCAGCAUUCAAACGAAACUCUAAAACUAAGAAUUUCCUGAGCGUAUCAGAGCUGGAGCAGUCUAUCGUCUAUAUGCAACGCGCGAAAUGGUUUCGAGAACAACCAAAUAUUCAUGUCGGAGAUAUUGUACUAAUUGUCGAUAGCAAUUUACCACCACUAGAGUGGCGUUCAGGUAGAGUUCAAGACGUGCAUCCCGGCAAAGACGGUGUAGUGCGCGUGGUCACCCUACGCACUACUAAUGGACUCCUUAAGAGACCAGUAAAUAAACUGUGUCCUCUACCUUUAAAUCAAUAA